CUUAGCGGCGCGUAUUAUGACAAAUCCAAAGCAUAUAAAUCGAUUGGACCGAUAACGCCGUUGGAGUUCUACGAAAAUCAUGUAAAACCAAUAUUUAAUGUGGAACAUAAGGUAUGUUUAGUAAAUGAUCCACGCCCAUCUAGUAUGUACGAUCAAACAUACACAGUUGAUUGCCUCGGCAAUGUCGUGGGUGGUCGCCCAGUGCUUUACAAUAAUCAACAGGUCGAGAAAUUACUGCAGUUGGUUGUUGCAAGCUUAAAAGCCGGUGAAGCCGUUUGGUUUGGUUGUGAAGUCAGUAAACGCUUUGCAUCAAAGCAGGGCAUAGAAGAUUUGGAUCGCCUUAUUUUCGGUGAAUCAGCCAUGACGCAUGCCAUGUUAUUCACCGCCGUUUCUCUGGAUGCAAAUGGCGAUGUUACUAAAUUGCGCGUUGAAAAUUCUUGGAGUGAAGACCGUGGUGAAAAAGGUUAUCUAGUUAUGACUGCCGAAUGGUUCAAGGAAUUCGGUUUUGAAGUUGUGAUCGACAAAUCUUUUGUGCCGCCCGAAAUUUUGCAAGUUUUCGAUAUGGAUCCAAUUGUGCUUCCAGCUUGGGACUGUUUUUCAAAGGGCGGUCCUGCGUAGUUUUUCAAAUCUGAAAAACCUGAAAAUGUACUGAAUUUUCCC